UAACAUUUAAACAAGGGAGAUCACUGUAAUAUAUUAUUCAUCUUCAAUCUUUGUUUUGACUGACCAGAGACAGAUCUAACAGUCACGAUCAACGGAAAACACCUACUGCUGGCGUCAUGCAAUACAAUUGCUCCGUAGUUCUCCUUCGAUAAAAAACACACAGACACAAAAAAGCAGCGAUCAGCUCUUGCAUACGUUUUGAUAGGAUUCUUUUAAGACUUUUCAUAUCCUUUCAUUUCCACAAGAACCUCUGCCAGCUAUCUCGCAUUCGUCUUCUGAGAGUGGCUGAGUAGUUAGUACUGAGUAGAUCUACUGUUCAUGCCAGGGAUGGAGUUUGCUCUGUAAUUUAGAGUUCGAGGGAAGAGGCUUGGAGCAUUGUAGAAUUGCUGUGUUUCAGCGUCCUAAACCAUAUCUGUUUCUACAAAUACCAGUACAAUAAUUGCAAGACAAUCAUGGAUCACAGGGAACUCGAUCCGCUGGAUCGGCCACUAUUUGGUGCUCCUAGAUCAUCGGAUCGAGUCAUAAACCUGGUGGUGGGCCUUUUGACGGGGCUGAUGGUGUUUGUGACCCUGAUCAGUGCUUUUGUCUUCCCGAGCUGGCCUCCCGAUGGUGUCAACGUAUUUUUUGCUUUUGUCAUCGUACUCAUUUGUGGCUCCCACUUGCUUUUGAUCUAUUGGUACCGUCAGGGUGACCUGGAGCCUCGGUUCCGAUCUAUGAUCCUUUACAACGCCUUCAACAUUGUCAUGCUGUGUGUGGUAGGAAAUCUGUACAUACACGGAGUGGACACACGGAGAGAGUCCUCCCGUUAGCCCCCUGGGACCAGUGAAUACUCUUACACAUUGCGAAUGUUGAACUGGAUAGUCAGUGCUACAGACUUGCCACCAGGAUAAUGUGUGUGUACCAUAUGACUGAAUGGACAUUGAAAAGUUUAUCUUAUCGUAUCGGAUAAUCCAUCGGAAGUGUGUAAUCUGUAUUGAAGUGCAAUGUGGAAUGAAAUCAUGGCUCAAAAUUAGACUUACAAAAAUUGCAUUGCAUGCACAUUCUGUAAGCAUGGAGUGAAGGUGCUUGGAAAAGAGUUGAAAUAGGUAUUUUGGUAAUAGCUUGCCAUACAUUAAAUAUAUAUAUAUAUAUAUAAUUUUUUAAAAAGCAGUGGUGAAUGGUUCUGACAUCUGCACGUGUGUAUAUGUGUUUUCUUUUUGGUAAUCUAUGGGUGUAUAACUGUAAUGUAUUUCUUUUGAUUGGAUUUUCACUUUUCUUUGAGAGUGCAAAUAAGUGCAAAUACUGAAUGUGGUUUCGCUAUCUCACUGUUUGUGAGAGCAGGAAUGUGUUUUUUGGCAUUCCUUGUCUGUGCUUCCAGUUUUUUGUCUUUCAGCGUUUGUGUCUUCUUUCCUUCUAAUUCAUAACCUCCCCUUUUAUGUAGUUUUUUUUUUUUCAUACCAGUAUCCUACUGUUAUCUUUUUUCCUCUGUUCACCACAGUACCCAAAUGCGCUGAGAUUUUACUCUUCCAUACGCAAUGGAGUUUAUAACGAACUUGGAUCAAACGACUUUUUGCAGAAAUGAAUGAUUUUGCUUUGGUCCCAAUUUAUUUUCCUCCUUUUUGUACUUACCAGUUGAAUUCACAUGAUAUGAACAUGUUGGGAAUGAGUGUCGCUUAUAGUUAACCCUGCAGUAGCGGUGCUCGGCAUCAUAAAGAUAGAACAUUUAAAUCAGUAAUUUAAUAAGAACCUCUCCCAGGAAAUAAGGCUCUUUGAAGACCAACUUUAGUCUGAGUUUAUUUAUAAUUUUCAUAAAUUAAUGGUAUUACGGUCAGAUUAGUAUUAUUAGCUGGCAUAUUAUAUGAGUUCCUUGGCUGGACCGUUUUUCCGUCUGAUAGUUAUAUAUCAAAGAAUCGGAGGGAAGUGGAGAAGAACAGCUGAUGGUUAACGUGGCUUUAGAGACCACGAGUCAAGAGCAGGCCUAUUGUGACUUAAAUGAGAGAGAAGGGUGGGGAUGGGGAUAGAGAAAAGUAUCCCUAUUGUCUCACUUGUCCUUGAAAUUGAUAAUGAGGCUACUUCUUGUUUCUUUCACAUUUUUUUCCUCUAUGAAAAACCACUUUAAAUGAACUAAGGUUGUAAUGAAAUGAAGAUUUGCUCCUGGAAAGUUCACUUUAGUGAACUAUAAUAAGACUGUGCUGUAAAUAUUUUAUCUGAAGAAAUCGAGAGGCAGUUUUUAAGGUUGCCGGAAGUUGAAACUGUGCCUAUGCUCAAAACAAGUUUUGCCCACUUAUCCGUCAGUAAACAAAAGUCAGGUGGUAAACGGAAACUCAAUGAACGUGGCAUUUGUGUCAGUAGCUUAUCUGUGCAUUGUCUCUAUUUCUCUAUCGUCAUUUUGUAUAUUAUCAACAUCCUACCUGCUUAUAUCCAGUAAUGACAUUAGGGCUAAUAAAUGUUUUUUUUGUGUCUGUGUGUUUUCAGUUUGUCAAGUAACUGACUUUGCUUAGUGCUUAGUAAAUCACUUUUGUCUAUCUUUUCCUCUUUGAUUUACAUAAGUUACAUUUUACGUUCUAGUCACCAUGAAUAUAUCUAUCAGUUUUGGCGUAGUUGUUAUGACUGUUAUGAGCUGGACUUAAGCGCUGAACUGACUUAUCUGACACGGAACUAAUGUGGAGACGUCGUGUUUGUGAUAUCGUGUGUAAUUUCUUCAUUUGAACAGACAUAUUUGGAAUCUUACUAUUUUUUUCGUCUGAUCAAUGUCUCAUCAUUUGGCUUUUGAUGCACAGAGCUUACUUUUGUAUUAAAUUAUUUUUUAAAAAAUCACAAAUGCCACAGCCCUUUUAUUUACUCAUCAAAAUGGAUUAUGAAAGAUAAUCUGCUGUAGAAUUUUGGAAACCUUGCAGUUUUCCUCUCAGAUUUGCUGCUUUUCUUGGUGUGUAGAGUGAAUGCAAUACUGUGGUCUUUUUUCAGAAAUUAAAUUCAGUGCCAUUUUCAAUUGUGAUCUACCUUGCAUUUCCACGGCCAGAUGAUGUAUUCAUCCAUUAUGACAUUUUUUCAGCUUCUGACGCAAUAAAUUUUGUCCUUUUUCUGCAUGCCUGUCAUAAAUAAUCAAUUGUUUGUGUGUGUCGCAAUGUUCCACAUGCACCAUGCGACUUACAUAUAUGUGAGGCAUGCUGACAAAUUAAGUUACUUCUUUAGGAUUUUAGCCCUAUGGAAAUUGAUACAUCAACAUUACAUGUGGAGUUUGCACAAUUUGUUAGUUAUGGAAUAAUAAAAGACAAGAUAGACUUGAACAAAAUGGCUUCAACUGAAAAUCUAUGAAUCUGACCCGUCCGGUGUUGAUUUUCGGCCGAUAUAUCCAUUCUUGGAUCGCGAGAAGUAACUCAUUUUGUCAGCACCCCUCACAUAUGCUGACUGUCUGAAUGCCUCUGGCUCUUCUUGUGCUGAUUUAGCACUUCAUAUGUGCCAAGAAACUUCCUAUUUCUUAGAUGCCACGGUCAACUCUGACAAGCUGUUGAAUAGCCGGCAGUCACUCUUUUUUACGUAUAUAUGUGAAAUCUUUAUGUAUAUUUACUUAGAACCAUCAAUAGAUUCUAAGCUAUGCUUGAGAAAUACUCAAAAUUGUGUCUAUUCUGUCAUUGUCACUGAAUGUUGCAUUUGUAAGUAGUGCACAGCACUUGUGUAAAACAGGACUGAAAACUGCGAAUAAAUCUGCUAGUGGCGCAGUAUUGAUGUCAAGAUGAAAAUUUACAAGAAUUUUUUUUCAUUUGGGUCAUAUUUGCCACUUUUAUCAUAUAGUUUAAAAAAUUGCUUGGCAUUCAAGAAAACACAAUUCUAAAAUUCUUAACGAUUUUUAACCCUCUGUGUGUCACUAACAAAUAGCUUGUGAUGUUCGGGAAAGUAUAUAUGAUUUCACCAUAUUAUGUUGGAAAAUGCUUGAGAAUAGGCAAACCAAUCUAGUAAAGGCCAUAAACCUAUACGUUUCAGAAAGUAGAAUGUGAGUAGGAAAUACAGCUCAUUUGCAUAGAAUCUGAAAUAUUUGGCGAUAUAAAAGAAAGAAUACAUGAACUGAGAUAGCCUUUCAAAUUUGAGCAGAUUAAAUCGGUCAUGGCACUACAGAACGAAACAUCGGCCAUCAACACAAGGAAGUUUAGACGGUUUACGUAUUUCUGUGUGAAACACCAGAUUAGUUAGGAGACACCGUAAUUUCAUUUUUGGAUGAUUACACGUUGUCUGAAAGUGUUGAAUGAUAAAGCUCAUGAGUGUGAUUGAUAUUGUGUCCGUGUGCCGAGCUAGUUAGUUCCGAGGAUGUGCCUUCAGAGUUUUCCCCCCUUGCAACAGUUAAUUUUUUUUCUUAAGUGGAAGGCAAAGAAAUUUAUUUUUGCUGGUGUACUGACAAAUGUUUUUGCUGACUUACUGAGGAAUGUAUAAGGAUCGUCUUCUCUGAUCACAGUGAUCUCUGUUUCAAGGUAAAAAUGAACGUUUGCCAACCUGUUUGGAUGUAUUGCUUUUGAUGUACCAUAAAGAAAUCAGACAGGAAAAGCUGAUAUGAUGUUCUGUGAUAUUUGAAUAUAUGCUGGUCCUUUUUGUAUUCAUGGAAACAAUCAUUUAGCAAGUAAUAUAAGAUAUUACUAGAAAAAAGUCAAACUGCGGUAAAUUACACCUUAAUGUUUUUAGCUGCUAGUCGCAGAUUUGCCUCGUACUAUUUAGUCCUUUACGGGCAGCCGGGUGCAAAUUUUGUCUUGCCUUGGGAACUCUUCACAAUGUUCCUUUCACCUGUUGUGGUGGCCCUGGUUUUGACAGUGACUGUGCUUCUUAUUUUAGCGUAUAAGAUACAAUUUGCAGGGGUGAUUAAAUCUUCUGUUUCUUGGUUUUAUUACCAGUGUAAAUUUCUGGAAGGGCAAUAUUGCUAUUUAUGUGAUCUUCAUGUUUU